CAUUAAAAUUUAAUGUAAGGAAAGCUGAAUACAUGAAUCAAUCUCGCUGGGCCGUCGUGUUUUAAUGUUCCCUUUGGUUCAAAAUAAACUUUCUGCGGGUAAAAAAGAUGAAACUGAAAACAAUAUUUGAAUAAUUAGUUCUUCUAGGAGCGCUAAAUAUUAUCUACAAUGUUCUAAAAAACUAAAACGAACCUCUAGGAAGCCAUUCUUACAGUCAUAACUGCGCAUGUCAGAGUACAGGCUCAGAUUUGAACAUGUUCGCCCUCCCGCUCCAACAGGUGUGACCAGUGACGUCAGAAAGGUGACUCCCACUCCUCCCUCACGGCUCCGGUGUGUCGCAACGCAGCUCCACUUCAGUCGGUUCCGGACGCAGAUUGUUCUGCUGAGACGUCUCGGUUUUCCUGCUCUCCACUCCGUGCUGACGUCAUGUAUGAUGCAGAUUCCCUGAUCCUCACGCGGACACUGGAACUUUGAUCCCGGAUGAGCGCGUGAAUCCCGGGACCACUUCAAAGAGAAUUCUCCACAUUUAUUGGACCUGAAAGCAGAAGGUGUCAGCCUCUUGUCCAUAAUGUCCAGCAAGAGGAAGAAUGAGCAUUGCCGAAUAUGUGGUGGAAAUCUCCAGGGAAAUCAACGUCGGUGGCUGUUUGGGGCCCAGAACAGGAGGAACGGUCAGCCCGGGACCCCAAAAGAGUCUGGUGGGAGCCUGCCCCGAUCCGCUCAGAGCAGUCCUUGGGGCAGCACAUUAUCUUUGGGCUCUUCUGUGUCUCUGUCCAAGUCCCAAAUACCUGUGAGCUCCCCGUCCAAAUCUGUGGACAUACUUGCAGUGUUGACUCACAUACUGGGACAGUCGGUACCAAGAAACAGCAGAACAGGAGAGUUUGUGUGCAGCAAAUGUGUUUCCACUUUGGAGCGAGUAUUUAAGUUUGAUACAGUUAUUGCUAGAGUCCGGGUGCUUUCAUCUGAGCAUCUUCAGAAGCUGACGCAGGAGAGGGACAAGAUCCGACAGCGGGUCCGCCAAAACUACCGGCAGAGACACCCACAGGACUUCCAGAACAAGAGUAGCACCAGCGAGGAGGAUGGAGAGGCAGAGAAGGAAGGCUACAGGGAGAUGCUCAAAGAAAACAUGGCUCUGUCGGAGUAUGAGUGCUGGUCCGAGAAGUGGGACACUUGUCCGUACUUUAUCAGAACGGGUAAAAGAUGCAGGAAAGGCAAAGGAUGUGAAGGCUGCGAUUCUUUACGGGUUUCUGAUUCAAACUAUGAGUCAGUCUGCGGGAUUCCUCGACGUUUACCUUUCCAGCCCUUCUCUUCGUUGGAGCUGUCCCGGGACAAAUCCCAGAGCAUGCCCCUCCACUGGCAGAGGGUCCCAAACUCCAGCCCGGCUUCACUGACAGGGUCCAGCCUCUCGUUGAGGGCGCCUUCUCGCACAGAGUCCAACUGUUCACUGGACUCUCUUGAUGGCUUGGACCCAUUUGGCUCACCAGGCAAUAAGUCAGUUAACUUUAUGCUGAUGGGGCUGAGAAGCAUUGAAGGGAAGCCGCUCAGCUCACCCUCAGGCAGUAAGAUCCCAGUUCUAAGCAGGAAGGACAGGAAAAACUCUGGAAAAGAUGAAGGGCUGGUGUCACCCAAAGUGAGUCGGGUACUGAGCUUUGGGGAUACGGAGAAUGGAAGAAGUGAACUGGAUGAGGAGGAUGGAGAUGUCCUGACAGAGCUGAGGGACGAGUACAUGUUGCUUCAUCGAGAGAACAACAAUGACAGGCUUCAGAGGGCUGCCAAACACCUACGAGCCCAGCUGGACCAGGCUGCAAACCGGAUCAGGACUCUAGAGGCGGAGCUAAAACAAGCUGGACCAACCAAACCUGCUAAAGUCAAUGGAUCAGAUGACCUGACCUUUCUGAACCAGGAGGACGGUGGCAGCUUGGUGCUGCAGAGCCUCGCUGAUUCCCUGCACAGCCGGGAGCGUCUGAUCCAGGAAUGCUUGAGUCUGAUCCGAGGAGUUUGUGUGGAGCAGGGAACUGGGGCUGAACUGGGGAACCAGCUGACUGGGAAACUGGUCGAGACUCUGAAGGAAAUUCUCUCUGAGAACAAGGCUGCUCUGGACACCCUGAGGUCUGAACUGACUGAGCAAGAGAAAAACCUGGAGAAAGAGAUCGAAGCGCUGAGAAAAGCUGGGCGAGACCGUGAGAGGGACCUGGACACUCUGAGCACAGUGCUGCAGUGCAACCAGGACAUUAUCAACGAGCUGCGAGUGACUCUGGGGGAGAAGGAUCAUCAACUGAAGGAGGCGGAGAAAGAACGAGAGUUGUGGAGAAAGAAGGAUGGAGCCCUCAGUGCUGUCCUGAAGGAGAAGGAAGCUCUGAUCCUGAACCUCAAACAGCAGCUGGAAGUCAGUCAGACAGACAACCAGCAGUCCCCAGGAAGUGAAGGCCAGCUUGCAGCUUUGUUGAAAAACACAGAGGAAAACAGCGCCAUCUUGUGUCAAGAGGUCACCAAGCUGACUGCAGCUCUGCAGGAGUCUCAGGAGCUGCUGCAGACUCAGCAGCAGAACCACAACCAGACGGUCUCCUCUCUGACCUCUCAGCUCAGAGAUGUUCAGAAGGAGCUGAGGGAGAAGGAGAAGGAGACAAAGGAGGCCGACAGAGAGCGGCGGAACGACCGUGAGGACGGCGAGCGCGAGGAGAGGAAGCUGAGGGAGAGUCUGCAGAAGAGAGACAGACUCAUAGAGCAAAUCCUCGUGGAUGCAGAGGAGCGAGACCACCUUCUCCAAGAGCUGCAGCAGAACCUGCAGAACAAACGAGAACCCGUGACGGCCGUCAAACACACGCUGUGAUGGAGAUUGAGCCCCAUCGGACCAGGCGCUGCAGAGAUGGAGGAAUAAUUUGCACUUUCUUCAACACCUCUUUAAUGUAUUUAUUGUGAUGACCAUGGAGACCGGUUCUGAGCUUUGAGUUCAGUGUGAUUUAACGGAACGUUUCCACAGUUUCAGGGGAGUUCUGUGUGAAUCAGGAUGUCGGACUCAGGUUGUUUUCAGCCUGCAGUGCUGGAUGUUUAAUACUUGAUCCUCUAAUCAGCACAAUAUUGUAUUUAAUUCAUUUUGAAUGUGAUUGGUAGGCAGUGAUGUCAUUUCAUGAAGUGGGAACAUUUCCACUGGUUAUUUAAUGUUGGACCGGUGGGUGCAUAGGGAGCUUAUUGUAGCCGUUUAUUUUUGGCCGUUUUGGUUGCAGUCUCAGCGCAUGUCCUAUGAGUAACAUUUACAUUUUUAAUUGCUUUGAUUCUUCUACUUUUUCUGUCUCCUCUGGAGUUAUUCUGUUAUUUUCAGCCUUUAAACACGUCACAUUGUUGGUCUGGGACUUCAAACUGGAAAAACCAUUUCUUUUUAGCUCAAGAGAAUAAAAGUCUCUGAACCAAA